AUGCCCAACGUCUUUCACCUCCUCGCCCCGCCCGUCCUCCUCUCCCUCUCCAUCCCCCUCGCCCUCCUCGCCAUAAUAACCACCUCCCUCGCCUUCAGCACCCUCCUGAUCCGCGUCUCGAUCGUCUACUUCGAGCUCGGCGUCGCCCUCCUACACAGCUACCUCUUCGUCCCCCCACCCAAACGCUCCUACCCUCGAACCCCGCCCUACUCCGUCUCCCCCGGCCGUACGAGCCCCCGCCAUCCCCGCGCCAACCGUCGCACCAGCACCGCCAGCACCGCCUCCACCCAAGACCCCGCCGCCGGUAGCAGCGGCUUCCCACCCAUCCACCCCACCAAAAGCGGCUCCUUCGCCUCGCUGACCAGCAGCCUCGGACCCGCGCGCGACUACGAAGGCGUGGGCGGAUGGCGCGUCGCCUCAGGCGACGGCUCAGAAGAGGCCCUGUGGAUCGGGAUGAAUAGCCGGCUGGAACUCCCCGCAGUCGUCUCGCCGAAUACGCGUAGGCAUCAGAGGAGUUUGACGGGGCCGAGCUUGAGGGGGAGUUGGAACCCUGAGGCUGUGAGGAUGAGCCCGGUUAAGCUGAGGGAAGGGAGAAGAUCGGAGGAGUAUUUUGAGGUGCAGCCGCCGGGGAAGGGGGAGGCAGAGGGAGAAACAGGGAAGCCAACAAUAGCGACCAACCACCUCGCCACCACGGCCCCUAGACCCAACCCCUUCCUCACCGCCCUCUCCCUCCGGGAGCUCCACCACUCCGGCGCCCUCGACCUCGACCGCCCCUUCAUCAACGAGCUCCCUACACCAAUCCACCCCCUCUUCCACGCCCCCCGCUUGCUCACCCUCCCCUCCCCCACCUACGCCCUCCUUCUCCCCAGCCUGCAGCUCGUAACCCGCCUCAUAGCCGAACCAGCCUUCCUCCCCUUCUUCUUCGCGCUGCUGCACCCCUCGCGCCGGCGUCGCAUCGGCAGCGUAGGCCUCGAGCUCAACUACGGCCGCGCGUGUUGGCGCUUCGACCUCAAGCCCGGUGGAAUUAACGAAAAGGAGACGAGAUGGACGGCUGGGAUGUUGGUCCGGCUGGGCGGUGCCGUCCCCACCCACUUUAUCCGUUCCCUCUGGACGCUCCGAUUCUGGCGCUCCCUCUCCGUCUCCGGCGUCUGCGCCCUCCACCCCCCCAAAACCCUCGGGCUACGCGAGACAAUCCAAAACACUAAUUUCCCCGGCAAAGAGUGGCAGGAAUACCUCAGCGACACCUCUACCGAGUGGAGUCGGCGCAGCGAGCGGGUCAAGCAGCUGGAGAGGAGGAUGAGGACGGCGGUGAGGGGGGAUUGCGUGUGUGAGGGGGCGGGGGAGGGGAUGGGAGAGAUGAGUGAGUAUAGUAGCGCCGUGAGGGUGUUUAGAGCAGGCGUGUGGAGGGCGGGAGAUGAGGAUGCUGAGAAUGGAGGUAUGCAGAACCAGACGUCGUCAGCGCGGGCUAUACGGCGGCGGAGUCCGAAGAAACGUGAAGCAGAGGCCGGUAGGGCGAAAGAUAGUAAGGGGAGGUGGUAG